AAGAAAGAAAAAGAAAAAGAAAAAGAAAAGCAAAGCCUGUGUGAAAAGCCUUAGCGUUAGCUCUCCUGGCAGCAACAGCUGCCUUGCCUGCCUCUGCUUUCGCAGCUGUUUUAUGUAGGUGACAGGUGGACAGGAGAACAAUUGAGCUUUUUCUUCUGGUUGAAUUUGCGUUUCCUCUUUCAUUUGUGGGUUAUUGUUUGAAAAGAAGUGUACCCACAUUCUCUGCUCUGUCAGCAUCUUCCUUCCCAAGUUUUGAAGCAUGCCACAGAUUGCUAGGAGACAGCUGAAAAUUUUAAAGCUUUUUAUUAUGUGUGCUUAAAGAGGGAGGAGAGAUGCUCCUUGAUGAGGGAAAGGUGCUUAGCAUUUGGCAAGAGGAGAUCAUGCCUUCUCCCCCUACCUUCCCGCAGCUCCUCGAGGCUGGUGUGCAGGGGGAGUAUGAGUUUUGCCUGCUCCCCUCUGUGGCUUAUUUUGUAGUAAAAUCUUGCGUUCUAGUGGAAGUGAUUGACACUGAUAGUUCUGUCAAUCAAGGAAAAUGACCAAGGCAAGUCUCAAUCAUUUCAGGAGGUUUACUUGCUAAAGUUAAGGAUGGGCGCCUGGGAGACAGGUCUAUGCCUUUCUCCUAAGGUGAUUUUGAGGUCUUUAGUAUUUACAGGGGAAAGGGCAGGAUAUUAAGAAAUAGGCAAUUUUCAUGUGAGAGGUGGGUAAAUAGUCAUUCAUGCCUUUGUCUGGCUCAGUGAAUCUGCAUUUGUACAUAAGGUAACGUAGACAGUAGGGCAGAGGAAACCAUCAGAUAUGCAUUUGUUUCAGGUAGGCAGAGAAAUGACUUUGAGUUCUGUCCUAUGUCCCCAACACCUGUGAAGAUAAGGUAUUUGUUUACAUUACCAUGUUGAACUUUAACAGAAAUGCUGUAGGGUAAAGAGCUUGGGACUCACAAGGAGUUUCCUUGUGGGCAAAAUAUGAGGGAGGUAUGUAGCUUUUCAUCUUUGUCACCAUUUUAUUUAGGAACCCAAAUGGGAGGCAGGCUUGCAUGACCCAGCUGCCAGCUUGACUCUUCCCUUUGGCUUAGUGAGUCUGGGGUCCCAAGAUUUAUUUUCCUCUCACAGUUCCAUUGCAAAAAGUGCGAAGUUCACAAUGAUGGGAAACAUAGAGAAGGUACAGCUUCAGCGGCUUACAUAACCAUUGUCUGACCUUCGAAACGAUGGUGUGUAUCCCUAGAGAGAGUGCAGGAAUGUCUUGUGUUCUUGUAAUGCACAAGGAGGGAAAGGGAGCUAGUAUUUAUUAAACUCCUACUGUGUGCCAUGAAUGCUUUCAUUUAAUUCUCACAUCAACCUUCAGAUUGGGCAUUGUGACCUUUUAAAAAUGAGAGCUUGGGUUGGGAGAGAAAAAAUGAUUUGCUAAGAUUAUCCAGGAGUGACUGGAAGACCCCAGCACUGGCCUCCCCAGGGUCACAGGCUUCUACCUCCCCGCCAUGCUGCACUGACUGUCUUGGGGGGAUGGAUGUGUGUUGACUGGCUCACCCCCCUUUCUUCUCACUCUUCUUAUACUGCCAGGGGUGGGUUGUGUUGUCAGAUGAUUGGCCCAAAUUAUGAUGCAGUCAUAAUCAAGAGCAUGAGCCCCAGGGAAUGGAGGCGUCAGGCAUGACCUGGUUAGCAACGUGCUCCCUAAGUCAUGGCUGGAAGACACCACGUAUUUCUCUGCUGGCCUGUAUCUGCUCACCCUGCUGCUGACAUCCCUACUGUGUCCAAAAUCACACUUUCCUGACCGUUCCCGGAGUCUUAUUUGGUAACCACAGGCAGCGGGCAUAUAAAGGCACAGUUGCCCUCUUCCUACCAUGAGGUUUGGUCCAGGAACAGAGACAACUUUCUCAGCUGAUGUUUUUGUUUUCUUUUCUCCUUUUCUGGGAAUCUGACCCUCAGGUCUCGCCCUGAGUGUGCAAGCUUUUCUUUGCCUUUGGAGGGAGGCAGGAAAUUCUCCUAUCCUGGUGGACUCAGCCAGAGAUGGCUUCUUUUUCUUAAGUGCUUCCUUAUCAGAAUUUUCCCAGCAGGAGGUAGUGGUUCAUGAUGGAUGCGUUGGUUUCCUCACAUCUGGAAAAUAACCAGUGGGGACUGCCCCAGCAGUGGUUUGGUGUGUGUGGAGCCUCUCUGUGGCUGACACCACGUGGUGUCUCCCCAUUUCACAUCUGUGCGAGGUGGCUUGGACACACCGAGGUGCUGGAGACCAGCAGCACCUCCUGGACUAGCUCCUGCCAGGGUCUCUGCUGGCUAAGAGGCAAAUUGGGGGGAGUCAUACUGGACUUGGAAUAGAGACCUGUUGUCCCUGUUCCAGUUGGGACAACCUUUGAGAAACACCACACCCCAAGGGCAGGCAGUGGUCAAAAGGGGAGAAUAAUUCACUGUCAGCAUCCCUGUUAGCCAAACUGUCCCGACCCGGGGCAGAUCGCUUUGUUAGUAUAAUAGUUUUUACUCUGUUAAACAAAGGUCCCCACAUUAAAACCUGUUCUCAGUGAAAUCUUAGGCUCGGACACUGAUCCCGCAGCCGCCCUCUGCCUCCCAGCACAGGUGGGAUAUCUUGGAUGCAUUUAUUCUCGCCCCUUGCACGGUUGGAGUAAAGUGCUUAUGAAAACAUCUCUUUUAUUGAUUCUACAUGCUUUUUAAAAUUCCAUUUUCAAGAUCAAGAACAGAGAAUGCGUGGUGUGACCGAAGGUCUCCUGCUGGUGUGGAAAGGUGGCAGGCUGCCUCUGCAGCUUUGCCUGGAAGCUGGUGCCCUGGACUACUGCUUCUCAACACUCCCGAGGAGUUCCCUUUGGCUGUAAUCACCCACCGGCCUCCUCUGUAUGAACAGCACGGGUGAAACUCUUGAUGUUACUUCUUCCUCCAUUGAAUAAGCCAGAUUCUCUUUUUCUGAGGAAUAAUUGAAGUCUUUUGCAGGGUACGUAAGCAAAAUUACCUAACGCUCUUAAAUUUUUCAUACAACAGUUUCAUCUGGAAGAGAGGCCAUUGAAACCAAGCAUUUGUGUUCAAGUAAGAAAAUGUAUCCAAGUCACAAAGAAACAUAAUUUUGCUUUUGGAGACAUGAGCAGCUUCAUUUCUCAUUUGUUCAUUCGAAAGUCUCCACUGGGCUUCUGAGUGCCACAUCCUGUCCAGAAUGAUGAAAUAUACAGAAAAUGGUGCCUGCUGACCUUCUGGAGUUAUUGGCUAGUAAGAAAGUGAUUCCUGUCAGAAUCACCAUUUUUGGUAAACAAACCAAGCCCAGAACCUGAUAAUUAUGGAGCAUUCUACACUGACAGUUCUUUGAGACAGAUUUCCUCUUGGCAUUUACACUGUGGCUUUAGCUUUCAAACCAGAGGUUCCUCUUACCCAGCAAAAAAUGGCUUUCCCGAAGAUGAGAUUGAUGUAUGUUUGCCUUCUGGUUCUGGGGGCUCUUUGUGUGUAUUUUAGCAUGUACAGUCUGAAUCUUUUCAAAGAACAGUCCUUUGUUUACAAGAAAGACGGGAACUUCCUUAAGCUCCCAGAUACAGACUGCAGGCAGACACCUCCCUUCCUCGUCCUGCUGGUGACCUCAUCCCACAGACAGUUGGCUGAGCGCAUGGCCAUCCGGCAGACGUGGGGGAAAGAGAGGACGGUGAAGGGAAAGCAGCUGAAGACAUUCUUCCUCCUGGGGACCACCAGCAGUGCAGCGGAAACGAAAGAGGUGGACCAGGAGAGCCAGCGACACGGGGACAUCAUCCAGAAGGAUUUCCUGGACGUCUAUUACAAUCUGACCCUGAAGACCAUGAUGGGCAUAGAAUGGGUCCAUCGCUUUUGUCCUCAGGCGGCGUUUGUGAUGAAAACAGACUCAGACAUGUUCAUCAAUGUUGACUAUCUGACUGAACUGCUUCUGAAGAAAAACAGAACAACCAGGUUUUUCACUGGCUUCUUGAAACUCAAUGAGUUUCCCAUCAGGCAGCCAUUCAGUAAGUGGUUUGUCAGUAAAUCUGAAUAUCCGUGGGACAGGUACCCGCCAUUCUGCUCCGGCACCGGCUACGUGUUUUCCGGCGACGUGGCGAGUCAGGUGUACAAUGUCUCCGAGAGCGUCCCAUACAUUAAACUGGAAGACGUGUUUGUGGGGCUCUGCCUCGAAAGGCUGAACAUCAGAUUGGAGGAGCUCCACUCCCAGCCGACCUUUUUCCCAGGGGGCUUACGCUUCUCCGUAUGCCGCUUCAGGAGGAUCGUGGCCUGCCACUUCAUCAAGCCUCGGACUCUCUUGGACUACUGGCAGGCUCUAGAGAAUUCCCGGGGGGAAGAUUGUCCGCCUAUCUGAGGGGAGCCCAGAGGCACAUCCGGACAAGUUUCAGAUAACCCGUGGGGAUAGUUUUUGCAAGAUUUUGGAAGAGGGGGCGGGACAGAGGAUGCUGUUCUUCAGUGCUGAAAUCCACGCCAGAAUGUCGGUGUUCAUGAAGCCACUGAUUAGUUCCCACUUGGUGCCCCAGGCAAUAAUAGGCCCCGUCUCUUGGGCACGCACACUCUUCAUACUAAGUGUUUGACAUACACCUGGAUUUUCGCAUUUCAGGGGUCAGUAUCCUAUGACAUGAUGGGUGUUACCAUCCCAAUUUUACAGGCAAGGAAACAGCAGCUGCGAGAGGUACAGAAACUUGUCCCAAGGCUCACAGCCAGUAGACAUAGGAGCAGGAAUGAACAUCGAGCACUGUCAGAAUCUGGUGGGCAGCCCCUGACUUGAACCCCACGUGCUGCCUCCCUUAGGAGGGGACACUGAUGUUGAGGUCUCGGAGCCGGCAUCCUUCCAUCCCUGUCGAGUCCCCUCCACCUCAGCUCUCAGUCCUUGUGCUUUUUGGAGCUAAGCCUGGGAUGACCAAAUUCACCCCAGCUCCUUCAUUCACAGGGCUGGAUGUAGCUGGGAUUGAGUCCAUGUUAUCGGCUCGGUACUCAACACAACCCAAGUUUCAUCCCAGGAAAUGUCCCCGCAGUGGACUCAGCUCACAUGCUGAGGAACACCCAGCUCUGGACAGAGUUCUUAUAAAUGUAUAAAUUAGGCUCAGAAACCACUGCAUUCUGACCUGCUGUACAGACUGCCCACACUACUGACCUGCCUAGCGAGCAGGACGUCACUUCUGAGCCAUCUGCUGCUCUCUCGUUUCAUCACCCCAACUGUCCCUUGUUUUUGAUCAAUGGGGACCAGCCACUGCCCCAGGAGCACUUUAGGGCUCUCAGUUCAAACUGAAGGACAGUUGAACUCAGACGUGGUUCAUGUGGGAUUCUGGGAGCUUUCUGGGAAUUCAGUUGGAGUCAAGUCAGGAUGCUCUCAAGGACCCCUCGGGCUCAGAGCCCUAAAGUGGGCCCUGGUGAAGCAGGGUGGUCCUGCGUCCACUUCCCAAGCCUGAGCCAAGCUCAUCUUCAUUGAAUGUCUCAUUUGGCCGAGGAACAACUGAACUUUGUGGUUUGCUGUUUAGCCUUCAGUUUGCUCCGCUGCCUCCUACCCAGAGGUUUGUGCGAGCCUGUGUUGCAGGGUUGUAUAAAACCAAGCUACUUCGUUGGUUUUGCCCAGUCAGCCACGGUCACGUGACAUGCAAAGUAAUCUUGCUCCUAAUUAUAGAAAUGAUUUUUUUUUUAUUUUUUACUUUACCAGACUUUACUUUGUACUCAGAGAAGAGGCCUCACAUGGCCGUGUCACAUAUAAAUGUUGGACUAAACUCUUACUUGAACUCAGGAAAAGUUACUUGCUGCAAAAUGGUUUUUGACCAUGUUCAAUUGCAAAAGUACGUCUGAUAUCCUAUUUUGCAUACCAUUUCUUGUGUUUGGAUUAAGCUGCUGCUUUGUAGAUGUGUUUCCUCAUCCUGGCUGCUCUGAACGCACUGGGUCAUGUUCAGAAAAGCCUCCUUCUCAGGUGGAAAAAAUCAGGGACUGAGCUUGUCUUUUGAAGCCCAAAUUUAAGAGCCACGCCUCUCGGUUCCAUAGGAUGGGCUGCCUCUCAUUCUGAAGAUGACUGUGCUUUGAGGGAAAAGUCGUCUGUUUGGCAGUAGGCCUGCGUCUGUGUUUCGUGGUCUACCUUGUCAGGUGUGUGUCUGGGUGGCCACUGGUCUCAGUCGGCGAGGCCGGUCCAGCUGCUGCCUCUGUGUGACUGGCUUUGGGUCUGGCCUUCACAGCAUCAGCUCACAGCCCACAGCUCCAGGGACAAAUGAGGACAGGCGUGGGCUCUCCCUACUGCUUCUGUGUGUUCUUAAAGGAUUUUCUUUGAGACCCAUUAUUUUCCCCAUUGUUUCCCCUCCCCUCCCCUCCCCUCCCAUCCCCUUCCCUCUUCUUUUCUUUUCUUUUUUUCUGACAGGGUCUCACCCUGUCACCCAAGCUGGAGCGUAGUGGCCUGAUCUCGCUGCAGCCUUGAACUCAACGAGCCUCAAACGAGCCUCCUGCCUCAGCCAGUGGGUAGUUGGGAUUACAGGUGUGCAUUUCUUUAUACAGUGAAUAAUUCUUUUUCUUGAGGAAAAAACAUUAUUUCAUGAAUCUAGAACUUGAAGGAACCUUAGAGCUCAUUCAAUCCUGCCUCCUUUUUUAUGUGGGAUGCAGACGAGGCUCAGAGAGACCUAACAACUUGCCCAGGACCUUCCCAGCUUGUUUGUUGCAGAAGGAGGGUUCCAGCUCAGCGUGGGUUUCCUGGUGCUGUCUUGUCUGGACGUGAGAGUGAGAAACGAUGUGAAAGCAUGAGUGACGAGGCCAAGCAGUGCUUCCCCAGGAACACCCAGCGCUAGCUCCAGAGUGGGACUGGAGAGGUCCAGGUUGGCCGGGCCGGGGCUUCACCGCAGGCACCCAGAGAGGAAGGAUUCCGAUGGGCAGGUGCUGAGCUAGGGGCUGUGUAGGUAUUGCCUCAUCUACAUGCUCUCAGUGAGUUUUCCGGGGGCAGAGACCUGCAGUUGCUCAGGUUUACAGAUUAGGAAACUGAGGCAGAGAGAGAGAGGGUGAACAACUCAUUCAAGGUUACAUGGGUGAAAAGUGGUGGAAACAGGGUGACCCUAAGCUGCCCUGUGGCCUCCCCAGCCACUUGCUGACGGAGCUGCGGGAGCACAUUGCAGUGGCUGCCCCCACUGCCUCUCUGGGCCGCCUCCUCAGACUCCCCCAACCAUGCACGCCUACCCCCAGCCCCCAAACCUCUGUACUCUGCCUUCUACUGUGACUGUGGCAGAAGCCACUUGGCCCCCGUGGUGCCAGAACCCCUGGUAUUGGACUGACUCCAGCUCUUCUUCCACAGCUCCUGAUGUGGCCUCACUCUCGUCCUGCCACCUGCUGUCCCCUCUGCUGGAUCACCCCAUAAGCGCACAGACACGCUGCCAUUUUCCACCUGACCAGAAAUGACCACCACCUUCCCCGACCCCUUCCCUGACCCCCUUCCCCGUCCCGCUGCCCCAUCCUGUUGCGUUUCUGGUGGAACCCCGCACGAGAGUUUUACUUGUCUGUUGCCUCGUCCUAAUCCUUCCCUUCUUUCCCAAAUGCCGUCUCAUCAGACUUCUGCACCCCCACUCCACCCACAUGUCCCUUCUCAGGGCACCCACGACCCCCUGUGGCCAGGUUCUGUGGGCGGUUCUUGUUCUCCUCCUGCUUGACGUGGCGAGUCCUCAUCACCAGCUUCCAGGACACCGGGUGCUCUUGGUCUCCCUCCUCCUUGCUGCUCGCCUGUUCCAUCUCCCCUGCUUGCUCCUUCUCUUUGCUCUGACCGUGUCAUGCUGGAGGAUCCUGGGCUCUGCCUGGGGCCCCCUUUCUUCCCUGGUUAUGCCCAGUCCUCCGAGGGGCCCACCUUGUCUCAUGGCUUUAAAUAUGUUGAUGAUGUUUCCAUUUAUCUCCAACCUAGAACUCUUUCUUGCUCUUCAAUCCACUGCCUGCCUGAUUUCCCAUAGUGAACAAUCCAACACUGACCUUCUGGUUAACUGCCCCACAUCCAGCCCAUCUGCAGCCAUUCCCGUCUCAGGUAAUGGCCACUCCAUCUUCCUGCAGCUCAAGUGGGAAGCCCUGGAGCCAUUCCGACUCCUCUCCCAUCUGGUGCAUCAGGAAAGACUGUGGGAACUACCUUCAAAUUCUCUCCAGGAGCCAACCACCUCCUGCCCCUCCACUGCGACCACCCUUGUUCAAGCCUGCAUUGCCUCUCACCUGCAUUCGUGCAGCUACCUCCAGACCCUCCCUCAGCUUCCAUUAUUGCAUCCUUUGGUCUCUUCCCGGCAGCAUCCAGAGUGAUCCUUUGAAAAUCUCAUUUCUCUGCUCAAAACCCUCCUGAGGUUUCCCAUCACCAAGGAUAUUAAGGAUAAAAACCACAUCCUUCAUACCAUUGUCUACCUGUGAUUCCCUAAUCGUGUCCCUUUGCUCACUCCCUCUGGCCUCUUGCUGUUCGCUGAACAGCAGUCUGUUCCAGCCACAGCAGCCCCUUUGCCCUUAUGUGCCCAUCCCCGUCGGCCUUGGCGCUGGCUGUCCUCUCUGCUGGGAGUGCCCUUUCUUCAGAUGCUCUCAUGCUUCGCUCCUUUGCCUUGUUGACAUUUGGUCAAUGUCACCUUCUCAGUGAGGCCUACCCUGACCUCCCUGUAGGAAAAUGCAACUCACCUCACUCCCAUGCCCCAUACCUUAUAUUGUUUUCCUUGCACUUACCAAUUUCUAACAAAGCAUGUAAUAUCUGUUUAUUAUAACUUAUCUAUAUUUUAUGGUUUAUGUUUCACGCAACUUGAAUGUAACUUUGUGUAGGCCGUGGGUCUUUCUCUGUUCCCUUCACUGACGCACCGUGGAUUCUUAGCAUGGUCCCAGCACAUAGUAGAUGCUCAAUAAACAUUUGUUGAGUGGAACUGAAUGUAUUGGUAUGGUAGGUGGGUUUUAGAAGGAAAUGGGUGAACCAGGACUGAAAAAAAAAGAAAUAUUUUUCAAAGUAAGCCAACACUGUGGUUUCACAUGAGUCAGUAAGUAGGAAAUGGGUGCGACUCUGUAACCUGAAAACCUAGAAAUGCUCCACAGCCAUGCUCUUCACCCCUUUUCUUCCAAAACGGAAAACCUCACACAAUGCAGGGUGGACAGAAUCACACGGUGCAGUCUGUGUGCCUGUCCUCCAGCCCGACACCUGGCCAGUCCUGUCUCAUCUACACUGUCAUGCUAACUCUUGUUUUUGUUUGUUUGUUUUUGGGACAGAGUCUCACUCUGUCACCUAGGCUGAAGUGCAGUGGUGCAGUCUUGGAUCACUGCAACCUCCACCUCCUGGGUUCUUGUGCCUCAGCCUCCCGAGUAGCUAGGAUUAUAGGCAUGCACCACCAACCAGCUAAUUUUUGUAUUGUUAGUAGAGACGGGGUUUCACCAUGUUGGCCAGGCUGGUCUUGAACUCCUGACCUUGGGUAAUCUACCUGCCUCAGCCUCCCAGAGUGCUGGGAUUAUAGGUGUGAGCCACCACACCCAGCCAUGUUUCAAGAAUUUGUGCUUCGGCUCAGCAUUUAGUGGCAGUGGGAAGACCAGACCUCCUGACCCUUCAGCCUGCUGGCAUCCACCAUGCCUUUAAAAAAAAACAAAACCCUAAAUGUAUUUAAUUCCUGCUCCUCUUCAAACACACCAUUGUAACCACAUAAUACACUGUGUGAAAAGAGAGGAAAGAAAAAUCCAAGUCAACAAUAACUUGCCAGGCCUUCUUUCCUUGAGCCCCAUAUCCCACGCCCGCCGUGCUAACCUCUGGCUUGCCGCCCACACCUGUCUGGAUUCAUCCCGACUCGAGCCACCUCCUCCUAACUGGUCCCACGGGCCUGUCCCUUCCACUUUCCAAUCUGUCCUCCACUUGACAUUUGGAGUAAUUUUUUAAAACAGCAAAUCUGAUUAGGAAACUCAGAGGCCCAGGGAAGCCAGUGACUUGCCCUCUGGCACCCUGUCCUGAGGGUAGAGCUUCCUGGCACAGGGUCAGUGAGCCCCGAGGCCACCUCCCUGCAGGCUGCAGGAGGGUGAGCGUGGUCAAGAGCAGCAAUUAUCAUUGCUUCAAGUGUCAUUGCCUAUUUAAUGAGCUUCACAGUGCCCUCAAUUUGCUAAGUUAACUUUGGCCACGCCGUCCAUGAGAGGUCUGACUGGUGAUUUCCAACUCCCGCUGGGCACCAGGUGCUGCACCGGUUAUCCCAAAAGGCUGGCACAGAGGGCUGAAAUGGACUUGGAAAGCGAAAUUAAUUUUCAUGUGAGUUUUUGAUCCCCUUGAGUGUGGUUAUUUUUGUGCAAAAAAUUAUCCCGAUGUUUACUUUGGUUUCAUAAGUAAUUUAUUAAAAUUCCUUCCUAAGCGUUAAAUUUCAGCUAACAAAUAUGAGAAGGGCCCCUGGGAAUGGUAAGAACAAGGAAGCAUUGUGUGUGUGUGUGUGUGUGCACACCCCAAGGGUGUGCAGCUAGAAUAGCUAGAAGUGCAGAAUGUGGAUUCCAUCCGCUCUUUAGGGCACAGCUAGCCCUGUGCACCUGUAGAAACUGUACUGACGUACAGCCUUGCAGAGCCUCCAGCUUCCAUGGUGGCAGGAGCCAUGGAAAAUAGAGACCCACCCGGUAAGGAGGUAACUGGGACACCAGGUUACUGUCUACCUGGUGGGGAAGCUGGGGAAAAGGGCCUAUGGGAGGAUGCUAACUGGGGAAGAGGAGACCUUGCUUCCAGGGCUGGGCGACCCACUUACGGAGGCCCCAUUCCGUUUACAUCUCCGCUGAAGCCUCCGCCUCUGGGUUCCAGCCCUGGCUUUGCAAUUUGCUAGCUGUGGCCCCAGGUGGUCAUUCUCUCUGCACCUCAGUCUCUGCAUCUCUAUAAAAUGGGAUGAUAAUAGUGUUCACCUCAGAAGGUUGUCAGAGGUGUGGAAAUUAAGAUAAUUCACAUUGAGUUCUUGGCACGGCUGUGCCUAGCACUGGGUGCAGGCUGAAUGCAUGGGCUGCUAUCGCGAUGUUGUAUCUAAUGGCCUGCAGUGGUUGCUUAGCAGCAAUGGGUUUGCUUGGUUAUUUCCUGAUUUGGGGUAAAUAGAUCCAGAGACCAAGGCUCCAUGUUAUCCCCAGCACCGGGCUGACCCCAAGUACCAGAGAGGUCUCCAUGGCCCCAGGCUGCAGAGGACCCAGGUUACAACUUGCUCAAGUAGACCCAGGGUCUAGGCUUAUCCUAGUAGAUCUUGGUACCAGGCCAGCCUCUGUGACCUGAGACUACAAGACCACCAUUGCAGACCCAGGCUCUAAGCUAGCCUCUGCAAACUCAGGAUAUAUAUUCCAAAUAUCCCUGAUUUGGGGGGAAAGGUCUGUGUGUGAUUUGCAGAGUAACGAUAUGAAGAAGGAGGUCUUGUUAAGAUGGCGUGGUGUGGAGUGCCCAGGUGUGAAAUGGUUGUCUCAAUGGAAGUUGUAGACUCCUCCUCCCAUGACAUCAUCCUCACACGUGCUCAGUGUUAGGCAUUUUCUCCCCCUCCUGCUCUGAAUCAAUGCGAGUGAGAUAUGCAUGCGGGAGGGACAAGCUUGCAUGGCACCCAGCUGUGGUACAUUUAGAACUCGGCCUCAGCCCUCCAGUGUGACCUUGGGCAUACCCUUCACCCCCGGGCUCUGUUCGCUGGGGCAGGGUCUGCGCUCUGGAGUCAGGCUGCCUGGGUUUGAAUUUUACCUUCCUCGCCAAGUCCCUUGAGAGGCAAGUUACUUAUCUUCUCAUCGUCUCAGUUUUGUUAUCUGAAGAAUGGGACCAUAGUAGUUCCCCCCUCAUGGGAUGAUCAUGUGGGUUAAAUGAGAGGAUGAGUAUAAAUUGCUCAACAUCCCAUGGUAGGUGCUCAAGAAAUGCAGGUGCUUAUGACUAUAGUCAGUGGGCUGUGAAUUUUGGUGGAUUCUAUGGUGGUGUAUACAGCACUAUCUAUCAGUGUACCUGUCAGUGUCUGGUGAUCUCUGUGCAAAUCAAAAACUCUUCAAAUUGAGUCUGUAGGGCUUUGUUUCAGCUCUUGUUCUUUUUCUUCAUUUGAAUCUUUCCUGGAACUCUUGGAGAAGUUCUUCUGUUCAUGGCAUUCUUCACAAUCAGAGCACUGUGUUCUUGACCCUCUUAAUUCAGAAUAUGUGAAAAUCUGAAUGAGGUAAAAGAAGUUGGAGCUGGAAGAUGCCUUAGAAAUUAUCUACAGUAUUUUUUUUUUUUAAGAUAAAACCUUCCUUUUACAGUUAGGAAAGCCAAAGCUCAGAAAAAUGGAGUGACUUUGCUAAGUCCUUCAGUGAGUGGCACAUCCAGGAUUAACAGCUGGCAUCAGAAAUCCCAUGUCAGACAUUCAUUCUUUUAUUUAUUCAUCUGUUGAGUGUUCAGUGCUUUGACCGGGCAUCCUGAAUGAGGGUCAAGCUGAGGUUCGAGGCCAUGGGUUUUGCAAACAGAGCUUUCACUGGGUAAAUACACAAUGCUGAGAAGAUUAUCAGGGGCACCUGAUCCCUUGACAGCUGAAUAAAGAAGCGUUCCAGUGCCUUCUCUGUGGGCAUCGUAAGCCAUGUCCAUCCAUACCUGCUGUUUCACUGAAACCCCACAGCAGCCUCUGGAGGGCACCAUUCUUAUAAUUAUGCCCCUGGAUUUAAGAGGAGGAAACUGAGGGGCAGGUGACUCAGUGACUUCCCCGGGGGCUCAGACGUGGUGGAGACACAGGCCCUCAGCCUCCAAAUGCUGCCUCCUGCGAGCAGCCUUGCUUUUCUCCACUUGGCACAGUGGUGAGUCCUCCGAUGUAUCUGCUUUCACAGGAAGCUUGGGACCAGCCCUGCCCAAGGAGUGUGCCAUCUGACCCCUUUUCCUGUCUUCUGCCACUUUUUUUUUUCCAAGUGUUGACAUGAGUUUCAGUCUGCCCCUUCCUGGGUCUGUUUGACCUCCUGGGAUUCGGCGCUUAGUUAUCUGUGUCAUUCCCAAGGACCUCCUGUUUAGCUGGAUCCCCUGACCUGUCCUGCCCUGGCCAGCCCUCUCUUGAGGUCACUCAAGUGUCCAGGUGGCAGCCCAAACAAAUGUCUGGCUUCAGAAAAUAAACUCUUCAGUCCAGCCCGCUUUCCCUGUCUCCCUAUCUAAUGCCCUUGCAAAACAAGCCCCGGGGUGCCACACUCAGACUGUGUGUGUGUGUGUGUGUGUGUGUGUGUGUUUGUCUAUGAGAGAGAGAGAGACAGACAGACAGAUCCGAGGCUCUAAUUAGAGAUACCAUGCUCAGUGGAAGCUGGUUCUGAACAAUGUUAACUGCCCCACCCGUGUCCAUGAAGGGCAGUGGAAGAGCAAGGGGCGGUUUAAUUACCUGGGAUAUAAAACAGCAGGCACUCCCACUGCCCUCCUCAGCUGUUGGGGUGGCAGGGUGGAGUUGAGGGCCUCACUCGUUUUCACCUUUGCACAAUCAGUCACACAUUUGUUAUAUGACAGCUAUGUGCCACACACCCAUGUUCAGUAAGGUGGAAGCCAGCUGCAGGCGUGGUCCACAGUUCCAGACAUCUCUGAAGGAUGUGACACCAACUUUCAGGCAGAACAUUUAGAAAGAGUGAAAUAAAGUGAAACAGAUCAACCAGCCUAUUGAGUAUCUACAUGUUUUUUUUACAGGCAAGAACUGAGGAGGCAAUACUAUUUAGAAUCCUUGAUAAACAGUUCCAAAAGAAAAAAAAAACAGGCUUUGGUGACUCUCAUGGGCCCUCCAUGCCAAGAGUCUGUGGCUCUGUGAUAUAUUAAAUCAGGCUUGUUAAUUAUUUAAUCUAACAGCUGCCAUGCACCCUCAUUUUAAAAACAGAUGAGGCAAUGUUUACAUUUUCUCCAUGUCCUCCAUUUGGAAGUGUCUUAGUUUGUUUUGUGUUGCUGUAACAGAAUACCACAGACUGGGCAAUUUAUAGACAAUAGAAAUUAAUCUGGCUCAUGGUUCUAGAGGCUAGGAAGUCCAAGAGCUUGGCAUUGGCCUCUGGUGAGGGCCUUCAUGCUGUGUCAUUGUGGGCAAAAGAGCAAAACUUGCUUUGAUAAAAUCACUCUUGGCAAUAACUGACCCUCCUCUUAUAAUAACAUUAAUUCAUUCAUGACAGCAGAACCCUCCUGACCCAGUCACCUCUUAAAAGGUCCCACCUCUCAAUGCUGUUGCACUGGGGAUUAAGUUUCCUUACACAUGCACUUUGGGGGACACAUUCAAACUGUAGCAGGAAGUAUUUGCUUUCUCAUAACAUUUUUUUAAAUUAAUUAAUUUUCAGCGUUUGUUAUAUCAGAAUGGACAUUAUAGCAAUUUCCAUGGCUGUGUCGCUCCUGGCAGAUUUUAAAGUUCUUCCAGCCUGAUUCCUCUCUCUGUUUGGGUCUCUGGCAUGGUGCCUGCUGGAGAGUAGAUACUUGAUAAUUAUCUAUUGGGUUCUCAGGGGAUCUCUCAAAGGUGGUAUUCAGGCACCCACAAGACAACUCCCAUCACAAGAAAGAAUGGUGGCCUGGGAGUGAGCUGUAAGGUUCCUUCAAACAUCAGUUCCUGAAGCCUCUUUUAUUCAUUAUUGUUGGGACUUGUUUUUAUUUCUGUUUCAUUCUACGUGACCCCAAAAUCUGUAUGUGAACACUAGGAACUUUAUCAUGGGCUGAGGUGUAUUUGAAGUAAACUCUUAACUAUGUCUCUGGGAUAUGAAAGGUGCUUACAUUCUCUGUUGGGAAUGUAGAGAGAAGGAUUUGCAGCGUGUGGCCCCUGGGAAUGUAGAGGCAUGAAUUUCUGUCUGUUUUCCUGCUGUUGAAAUCUGAGUGCUAGGAACGGACCUCUUGUUCUCAGAUUGGCCUUGAAGCUGAGGGGAACCUGUCCACCCUCUGCACAGGGCAAAGAGCCACGCCAACAGGAGGAAGUUGGAGUGCAUCCUGGCACCUGCCAAUCGGAAGACUGACAAACAAAAAAUUAGUUUUUAAUUAAUUUAAAAAAUGAUCUUCCUACUUAUCAGACAUAAUCACUUUUAAAUAUGAGCAGAAAAACGAACUCCAUGGCCAAAUGCAACAUUUUGUGUCAUACUGUUUCACGUCAUCUCUUCUACCUCCAUUCACUGGUCAAAGAAGCGCAGAGUUAAGUUGGCCAGUGUGGCGUGGACACAGCCAGGCUCAGACCCUCCUGCCAGUGAAGCCAGCGUGAGGUCUGUUGGCUCAGGGGUCCAGUCCCUGGGUCCCCGAAGAGGUAAACCAAAGACAUAGUGAUACUUGGUUCAGUUCGGCUCCAGAGAGUAUCAGAUGGGAAAUAGAUGACUUGUUUUACCUGGUCAAAUAAGACAUCACUAAAAUCUACCAUGACUGGAAAUUACUUAAUGCAACCAGAGGAGACUUUGCGGUCAAAUUUUGCUUUUCCUAAAAGACACGAAAUUAAAUUUACAUGUCACUGAAUGCUAUUUGAAACUGUCAUUUCCUUGUAUAUUAGGGGGAUCUGCUAGACUCUUAUGUCAUCGUAUUUUGGAAAUGGGUAUAUGUCCUUAUUAUUGGUUAAUAAUCAUUUAUUUUUAAUGAAAAUUAAAUUAUGAAAAUAAUGCACUUAACUAGGUGAGUUUUAGGUUGUCGAUUGAUGUGAUAAUUCACUCUUCCCGAAAAUUUGGCAAGGUAAUGGUCUGAAUCGGACAAUCCUUUUGUUUUUACAUUGAUGUUUUCUAUAUUUAUUUUGUACCUGGAAAAAUAUUUUUAAAAUUUAUUUUGAUUUUAUAUGUGUAGAAAAAUGUACUGAACAAUGUUGACAUGCUUAUUUUUUUAAGAGAUGGGUACUUCUUGUUCCCCUUGGAUUUCAGAAGCAAAGCAAUGGGACCCUACGCUUCAGAGUCUUAAUGGGGUGGGGCAGUGUCCAUUGAGGUGUCCUGUCGGGAAUGACAAAUCCAGGGCAGAUUAUGAGGCAGGCAUCUUUUGGAGUUCUUCUCUCAGGUAUAUUUUAACUAAAAGCUAUCAUUUAAAUUGAAGAAAUCAAGUCUUGUGAAUUGAUACGAUUGUACUUCUAGAGUCUUUGAUGAUAAGUUGUCUUUGCGGUACAGAUUGGCUCCUCGAUCUUUCAAAGUGUCAUUUAAAUGGAAAUAAAUGUCUGAAACAGA